UCUGAGCAGAGAGCUGACGGAGAGGAGGGGAGAGGGUCUCCUGUCUGAUCCUUUGUCAUGGGAAGACUUUACUCUGCUGUUUCAUACCCUCAGAGAGGAGGGAGAGGACUUCAGCUUCAGCAACAACAGACACACCAAAAAACCCAGUGCAACUAUGUGAAUGGGACAGAAAACAAAGGGAACACAGCACAUAGGGCCCAGCUGAAUCCUACAUCCUCAGACUGAAUCAGAGAAAGGAGGUCAGUGUAAUGAACAGCAUGCUUCCUCAAAGGAGUGCUGUCGCCACUCUGGGCUACAACUCUGACUGUGUGAAGAUUGAGCACAGCAGUGGCUCAGUGGGUGGGACGUUGCUGAGGGGCUCCCGCUCCAAGGCAGAGCUACAGGAACUGAUGGAGACGCUGCAGCGCAGGAAGAGUGCUCUGGAGGCCAGCUUGAGGGCAGCUGAGUGCAGCCGCAAGUACCUCAGCGUGCCUUCUCCUGUUGGAUCCCAGUCCACCAGGCCACUGUCAGUCCUCAGCAAUACCGAAAGGCCUCCAUCUGCCUCCAGAACGUUCUCCUACAUGACCAGCAGCAGCGUGCCUCCAUCACCACGUCAAGGUGAACGCCAGCUGAGCACAAACGGCUUGCUUCGCCAUUCCCACUCUCGCCACCAGUCACAAGACAGUCUGCUCCUUUCUAAUGCAGCAGAUGGAAGCUCUCUGCUCUCCUCCUACGGGCAGCCCCUACCUCGUUCUCCCAGGGUCAAAAGUGGAGCAGCUAGUGUGCCAUCCAGCCCUCGCAUGGGCCGCAGGCUCUACUCUCAGGGCAAAGCUGGAGGAGACUCCCGGCAAAGGAAAUACUCCACUGGCUCCCUCAACAGCCUGGGCAUGCACAGCCGCUCUCUGCCACGGCUUCACAACGCAACAGACCCCCCUGCUCUGUCGCUACCAUCCCGUCACUCAGUGGGUUCCCACAGAGGAGUGGGUUCAGCAGGGCCGCGGCGCAGUCUGUCCUCCCUAGAGCAGCCCCCAGAUGUGACAGUACCAGCCAGCAUGCCCAGCACUCCCAGGAGGGCCAGCCUGGCCUCUCUGAGCUCUCUGGGGAUAGAAAUGGAUGGGACUGGCUUAGAUCUGGGCUUUGGAGAGAGGAGGUUAUCAUUUGGGAAGGGUGGACUGGGUCCGGGACAGAGGGUGGGCAGCAUCAGCUCUUUAAAUGGCAAAGAGGAGCUGAGAGACUAUCACCAACACCAGAGAGAUGAACGACUCAGGGAGCAGAAAGUGCAGAGAUUGGAGUGCCAGCGUCUAGAGACCAUCUUAAACAUGUGCACUGAGCUGGGCCAUGUGGAGAGAGAGCCAGCGGGCUCAGCUGUGUCUGACCUGCAGAAGAUCAAUAAGGAGCUGGAGAAGCUGCAGGUGUCAGACGAUGAGUCGGUGUUCUCUGACUCCCCCGGCAGCACUGCUCCAGAAAGCUGCUUCGGGGGCAAAGUCAGAGACUUCCAGCUGGCUGAGGAGCAGCAGGUCGGCCAGCGCCAGCAGAGCAGCUACAGGGAGGCCAGGUCCCACUCACCUGCUAUUAGCCUCAACAGCAGUGCUCCCUCACCCUCCUCCCACCACAGACCCAAAGCUUUGGAGGGUGUGCAGCUGAAACAGGAAGUAACGCAUAUAGAGGAAGAGAGAAUUCAAGUCCUGAACAACAUAGAAGAGCUGGAACAGAAGAUCAAAGACCUGGACAACCAGAUGGAGGAGUCUGUCAGAGAGAUGGAGGUGGAGUGUGCUCUGCUGGACGGGGAACAGGAGUCGGAGAUGGCUCAGCUGCAGAGGGACAAGGAACUUCUGGACCAACUUAAGGAAAAGAUUCACAGUAGUGAGAAGAAGAGCCACACUGAGAAGUCACAGGAGGCUGACGAGCAGACAAAAAGUUUAGAGGAUUUGGAGUUUCAGAAGCUGGAGAGAGAAAUUAAUCAGGGCGAGGAAAAGGAGAAUCAGAGUCAAGAGCUGCUGCGGGAGAUCGCAGAGUGUCAGCGUCUUACUGUUACACGCAAGGAAAGACUCAUGACGCUCAAAAAACAGUCCACGCAGAUUACCUUACAGGCUCAGCAAGAAAGAGAGAAUUUCCAGAGAGAGAAAAACAACUUGCUCAUCAUGCUCCAGAAGGAGAGAGAGAAACUGGCAUCUUUAGAAGGAAAGUAUGCAGAGUUGUCUGAGGGGCAGACCUUCACUAACAACCCUGUAGCUGUCACAGAGCACUUGCACUCUCUGAAGGAAAGGAGAAGAAGUAGCAAAGAAAACUCUUCCCACCCGAGUGACAGCCUACCUCAUAAGAGGAGCCAGCAGCUCCUCAACUCUUACGGCAGAUCCUUGGGACGCACGCUUCCUCCAAAGGCCCACCUGCCUCUGUCCCAAAGCUCCAGCUGUGGCAGCGUCAUCCCACAAGGCUUCAGCUUCUCUCCCCGGGACCUGAACACCCGCCGACUUCCCAAGACAAGCAACAGCCAUGCACACAUGAAUGAAGACAGACAGAGAAGAAGUGAUUUCUGCAGCAGGAUGGUCUCUGACCCCAAUGUGUACUUGGACUCCUUCACCUACCCGGACAACAGUCAGGCCUCAGAUACCGUCAGCGUGGACAGCUCUGACAGCCUGGAGACCAGCUUCUCUGCCUGCUCCCCAGACAACAUCUCCAGUGCCAGUACGUCCAAUAUGGCAAAGAUUGAGGAGAUGGAGCGGUUACUCCGAGAGGCCCAGGUUGAGAAGCAGAGGCUCCUGGAGCAUCGGGAGCGCGAGAUGGAGAUGCGCAGGCAGGCUCUGGAGGAGGAGCGAAGAAGACGGGAGGAACUGGAAAAACGACUGCAGGAGGAGACGAGCAGGAGACAGAGACUUGUGGAGAGAGAAGUGAAACUCAGGGAGAAACAAAGAUCACAGUCCCGGCUGUUGACUCGCUACCUCCCUGUAAGGAAAGACGACUUUGAUCUUCACGGCCAUAUUGAGGCAGCUGGACACAACCCAGAUGCCUGCUUCCAUCUGGCCAUCACUGAUAAAACCUGUCGAGGCUUUCUGGUCAAAAUGGGCGGAAAGAUCAAGACCUGGAAGAAACGCUGGUUUGUCUUCGACCAGAAUCGCAGGACGCUCACCUACUAUGCAGACAAACAUGAGACCAAGAUGAAAGGAGUCAUUUACUUUCAAGCCAUAGAGGAGGUGUACUAUGACCAUUUAAAGAAUGCACACAAAAGCCCCAACCCCUCGCUGACCUUCAGUGUGAAGACCCACGAUCGGGUGUACUACAUGGUGGCUCCGUCGCCUGAGGCCAUGCGUAUCUGGAUGGAUGUUAUGGUUACGGGCGCUGAAGGACACAUGCAUUUCAUGGUGUAACUGAUCCCAACAGAUCAGGGUACACGCCACUAGAUUUCUUUGGUAAACAUUGUGACACAUGAGACAGUCCCUCUGCACUCUGCUUGUGUCAGCAGCAAACAACAGCGUUGUGUAGAACUGAGAUUGGAUGUUCAUCAGGUCAACAAAAAAUGAAAUUCUGUUUACACUUGUAGUAUUUGUAGCCUACUACUCAUGCUUAAAAGCACACUUUAUUAUGCAAUUAUGUGUAACAGAUCAAAUUAAUUGAUAUACCAGUUUAAUAAUUAAGCUAUUUAGGUUUUUUUUUAUUUUGUUUAUGUACCGUGAUUGGCUGAAGCAUCACUAAAUGUUACUUUUCACUUUUUCCAACUUUCUCCCUCCUUUUAUAAAAUCUCUGCUUGUCUCAUAUUCUCCCUGUUAUGUUUGGCUUUUGUUCAGACAAAACUUCAGGGAUCAGGGAAGCUUCUAAAUGAUCAGAAACCCAACAUCUGCUACAUUUCUAAACCGUGGUACACACUGAUUGUGCUUCACUAUAACAGAUCUGUCUAACAGCUUUCUAUAAACUGCAGCAUUUUGUAAUGUACGUAUCCAAUAUUUAAGUUGUAGGUCCACCUCUGUUUCUUUGCCUUCUUCUUUGUCUUCCCUCCUCUUUACUUGUGGUUGGACUCCACCUUUUCAGUGUUUUUAUUCUACAGUAUAUCUUAGUCAAACUCAAAUGUAUUUUCCUUUGUAUGUCUGAAUGCCUGAAUCAGAGGGUCACAACUUCUUGCUGAUCUUUUCACAGAUCAUCUGCUCCGUAUCUGUGGUUGCAAGAAUGCACAUUUUUAUUUUAACUCAGAUUUAUUAUUUCUAUAUUGACACUAAUAAUCAAAUUUAAUUAGUGUAAGUAUUAUUUUACAUAGUUAACUCGAGCAUUUUGAUUGCUGCUGCCAGACCAUCAGCCUAACCUGGUUUUAUUUAAAGCAAGGCUGAAUGUCCACCAUCAGUAUUUCUUCAAAUCAGAUACAUAUCUCUCUCCUUGCAUCAGCUUUCAUUCCUGUGAGUUCUAAUUUGGGGUUUACUUCAUUCAUGAAAGAGAGAUGAUUAGAGGCACUUUUUACAUUUUAUUGUUGUGUAUUUUUAGCAAAUAUGCUACUCAUAAAAGUAGUAACAUUUGCCCAAAUCACAUUGGUAGUGUGUUUCAUGGCACUGUGCAGCUAUCUCCCUCUAUCUAUAGUAGUAGCUGGAGGCCUGAUAUGAUAAGGCCAUGUUGUGCAGUAGUGAUGCUAUAUGUACUGCGUCACCCACAUUUUCCUUGGCAUUUCGUUUUGUUUUUUCACCAGCAGAGGUCCUCAGUGCAGAGUUAUUGCACUGUAAUGACGUAAUUCUCUGGCUGGCUGGCCCAUACUCACUUAACUAAAUGAGCAGUUCCUGAAGCAUCACUUGGACAUUGGAGCGUCAAUGAUCCAUAUUUUCCAAUGCUAUAUAUAUAUAUAUCUAUAAAUAUGUGCAUUAAUAAGCAUAAGCUUAAGAUUAGCUUUUUUUUGGAGGCAAAACAUAAAUCAUUAUUAUGAUCUUGAACACAGUGAUUUUUAUCAUUUUAUAAAAUCAAUAUAUUUGAUAUGUAUAUUCUUUGACUAUUUGCAGUCUGACUGUAUUUGAUAAUGAAUGAUCACUUUAAUACCAAGUGACCAGCUGUUGGUUUACAGACUGCAGAUCAGCCUGCAGGGCUGACAGUGUUGCAGAUGAGCUGUUGCCUUUGCUGGAUGCUUCUCAGUGAACAGAGAUAUCUGUCAUGUUAACAUCUCAUCCACAGCCUGUCAUCUGUAUGAGACACAAGCCUUGAAACCAAACAAAUGGCUGCUUUUAUAUAUAUUUCAAAAAAAUUUAGUAUUUUAUAUUUUAUGUACGACUGAUGGUAAUUUUAGUCAAAACUAUGCUACAUGUUUUUAUAAUUGACAUUUGUCAUGUUUCAGUAUGAAUAAGAAUAAAUAAUUUGGAUGGUGA